CAGGCUAGCGACCGCUCUCGCAGAGUGCGAAAAGAGAAGGAACCAACGAUCGACCUAGCAUGGAACUGGCUGGCCAGGCUCGACUCUAACUCUCUCUCACAAGUGUUGAAGGCAAGGCAAAUCCCAGGAAAAUUGAUCUCGCGGAGAUGACCGCAGCCACGGCCGAGAACGUUCGCGGAUGAGCCUCGGAUAAGCUUAAAAUAGCUAAGUCCGCGCUAACGACUUAAGCUUCAUGAGCCGCGGCGCCUAUCGCAAUCUCGCGCACCGUAAUUCUGGAUCGCCUAUCGGAUUCGCGUGGAGGGCUGUCUUUGCAAAGCUGAUGCCAUCUUCAGUCCCUGAACAGCCUCCCAUAUUUGUGUUCUGCGCCCUUUUGAGGAGUCUCGGGCGAGUAAAGGGAGGGAGUCCCCAUUCAUUGCAUACACGUGGUGAGAUUUGCUCACCCCUUAAAUCUCGACGCGGCGAGUCGGAGAGAAUGCUUCGCCGCCCACGAAGCGAUGUUUCCAAGUGGCCGUUGGUCAAACGGCUAGCGACGAAGAGGGCAAUUACGCGAGGGGGCCUGGAACCCGGAAUGGGAUUUAGGGGGAUGCGGAUGCUGAUGCUUUGCCGCAACCGUGAGCUUGGGCUUCACGCUUAUAAAAGCCUCCUCAUCCUGUUCGCUCGAAUUCCUCUCUCUACCUCGCCCUCCGAGUCUUGUCUUCCUCCCCAACCAGUCCUUCGUUACAAAUACCUUAAUAUUUUUAAUACCACAGCAUCCGCUGUAUCCUUUCGUUCACAACACAAAUCCAACCAAUUCAUCCAAACCUCAUCCAACACCCCAUCAUCAAUCACCCCACAACUAUCCUAAUCUCAACCACAAAAAUGAAGUCCCUCCUCCUCCUCAGCGCCCUCUCCGCCCUCGCCCUCGCGAAAACCGACCUCGAAGGCUGCACCUCCAGCGAAACCGUCGUCUUCGGCGGCGCCUCGCUCGUCUACUGGGACCCGACCAACGGCGAAAUCUGCUCCUUCCUCGACUGCGGCGGCGGCCGCGCGCCGCCCAAGACCACCGUGCCCGGCUGCCCCCAGUACGCCGGCAGCGCGACCUACACACCCGACUUCUUGCCUGGCUGGGGAUCUGCGACCGCGACAGCGACAG